AUGGAAAGAGUCAGAAAGAGUCAUCCAUUGCUGACGGGAGGAGUGAGCAGAAGCUAUAACCAUGACUUCUCUUCAUCUCAGAUUCAGUCAUUGGCUGCUGUAUGUGAAGCCCUAAUACCUCCAAUCCCAGUUGACACCAUGAGCAAUGGAAACUUGCAUAACAAGUCGCUUUACUCGUACUACGAGUCUUCCGGUUCUCUUCCUCCAUUCCCUGAUGAGACUGCAGAGCUUUUGGUGAAGAGGGGAAUACCUAAAGGUGUGUUCAUAGUGGGCUUAGUGUUAAAGUUUCUAUCAACCAGAUUGGGAACACUUUUGCUUUGUGGGCAUCGUUGUUUGGAUUGGAAGUGGCCGUUUGUUCACAAGUUCUCUGAAUUGCCAUUGAAGAAAAGAGAAGCUAUACUCCAGAAAUGGUCAAGAGGAACAUUUCUGCUUCCACUAAGGACAGUCUUCUACUUGCUCAAAGUUACCUGUUUCUACACCUUUUUCUCUUUGGCUGAUGAAAACUCUCAAAAUCCAGCAUGGGAAGCAAUUGGGUACCAUGUAGAGGCUGUGGAAAAUUCGAGCAAAGAAAAGGAGAGACCUCUUGAAAAGGGCAUUGUAGAAACCAUGAAUCAAAGUGAAUCAACACUAAAGGAAUCAUUCAUUCAGAAGGGCAUACAUGUGGCUGACGAUCCAGAGGCAAAUGCGUUAAAAAUCAAAUGUGAUGUAGUGAUCGUCGGAUCUGGAUGUGGAGGAGGGGUUGCAGCCGCAAUUCUUGCGAAUUUUGGCCUGAAAGUGGUCGUCCUGGAGAAGGGUAACUACUUUGUGCCGGAAGAUUAUUCUGGUCUGGAAGGACCUUCCAUGAAUGAAUUGUACGCAUCAGGUGGAAUUUUUCCGAGUGUAGACGGGAAAUUUAUAUGUUUGGCAGGAUCAACAGUUGGGGGAGGUUCUGCUGUAAACUGGUCUGCUUGCAUUAAAACUCCAAACCAUGUUCUUGAUGAAUGGUACAAUAAAGAAAAGAUUCCGAUGUUUGGUAGUGCUGAAUAUCAAUCUGCCAUGGAUGCAGUGUGGAAGAGAAUCAGCGUCACAGAGAAUUGUGUGGAGGAAGGUUUCCAGAAUCAAGUUCUUAGAAAAGGGUGCGAAAGACUCGGCCUAAAAGUCGAAGGAGUCGCUAGAAAUUCAUCUGAGAAUCAUUACUGUGGCUCUUGUGGUUAUGGCUGCAGGAGAGGAGAUAAAAAAGGAACCGAUUCCUCUUGGCUUGUCGAUGCUGUCGAGAAUGGUGCAGUGAUUUUAACAGGAUGUAAAGCCGAGAAGUUCUUAUUGGUGAAAGAUCAGAAUGGAAAGAUCAAAAGGAAGAAAUGUGUGGGAGUAAUUGCAAAUACUGAAAGUAAGAACAUCAAGAAGAAGCUGCAUAUUGAGGCAAAGGCUUCAGUUUCUUCUUGUGGGGCUCUUUUCACUCCACCUUUACUGGUUUCCAGUGGAUUAAAAAACAAAAAUGUUGGCCGAAAUCUUCAUCUCCACCCCGUUUUAUUUGCCUGGGGAUAUUUCCCGGAAUCUUUAUCAGAACUUAAAGGUAAAAAUUUUGAGGGAGGAAUCAUAACUUCCAUCCACAAGGUCGUUACUCAAGAAUCCAAUUUCCGGACUAUCAUUGAAACUGCUGGAUUCGGCCCUGGUUCAUUCGCGGUUUUCCUUCCGUGGACUUCCGGGCAUGACAUGAAAGACAGGAUGGCGAAAUAUUCAAGAACUGCCAUGCUGUUUGCGUUAGUCAGAGACUUAGGUUCGGGAGAGGUGAAAGAGGAAGGUAGGAUAAAAUAUGAGUUGCAUCGACUAGACAGAGAUAAUCUAAAAGCAGGAUUGAGAGAGACUUUGAGGAUUUUGAUUGCAGCAGGAGCUACUGAAGUGGGCACUUUCCGUAGUGAUGGACAAAGAUUUAGCAGUAAAGGGACUAAGAAUGAGGAUUUGGAGGAGUUUUUGGAGACAGUUAUGGCAGUUGGAGGGCCGGGGUCGGCUGAAAAGUAUUGGACCAUGUAUUGUUCUGCACACCAGAUGAGUAGUUGCAGAAUGGGUGCUAACGAGGAAGAUGGCGCAGUUGAUGAAAAUGGAGAAAGUUGGGAAGCAAAAGGCUUAUUCGUGUGUGACGGAAGUGUACUCCCUACUGCAGUUGGUGUUAAUCCAAUGAUCACCAUUGAAUCAACUGCCUACUGUAUUUCCAAGAGAAUUGCAGAAUCACUCAAGGAAGAAACUUACUUUCCCAGCUAA